AUGGGCGUCCACCCACGCGGAUCCAACACCUCGCGUGACGGAUCCCCCUUGCACGCCUCCAGCUCGGCCAACACCCCCUCGGGCCAACCCAAAGCGAAGAAAGCGCGUCGAUCAAAAGUCGCCGAAGCAUGCAAGUUCUGUCGUCGUUCGCACAUGUCGUGCGAUGCCGCUCGGCCUUGUUCGCGUUGCGUCAAGAGGGAUAUCGCUCAUCUGUGCAUUGAUGAGGGGUUACAACUGCAAGCUCAGGCUCAGGCUCAGGCUCAGGCUCAGGCUCAGGCUCAGGCUCAGGCUCAGGCUCAGGCUCAGGCUCAGGCUCAGGCUCAGGCUCAGGCUCAGGCUCAGGCUCAGGCGCAGGCUCAGGCGCAGGCGCAGGCGCAGGCACAAGCACAACAAUCGAGUCAAGCGGGUAGUAGCUCAUUACCACUACCGCAGCAUAGCCACCCCCGCUUCCACGACAAUUCAAGUCCCCUUCGAGCGACGAGUGGUUCCCCCGCACCGGCACCAACGCCCUCCCUCGCCAACUUGGGGCCUCUGCCUUCCUUGCCCAACCCGAGUCCAUCACCGCAGUUCACAAGAGUGAUCCCACCCAAUCCCUAUCCGACGAGUUCGAUGGCGCCGACUUCGCCGCUCGUCAAUUUCGGUCCGCAAUCGACCCUGUCGGGCUUUCCGCCCUUGCUCAACAACAAUUUUAACCUCGCUAUGGUCAGUUGUAGUUACGAAAUGUCCACGAAAGCUGUAGUAGAAGCUAACCAGACUUUGGAUGUCUGUUCAGCUCGACCUGGCAAGCGAUCGAGAAGGGAUGGGCGCUGGCUUGGGUCUCGACAUGUCGGCGGAGAACGGAGAUUUCCAAGGACUUGGUCUGAGGUGAGCAAGAGGAAUCAAGUAAAGAUGCUCUAUAUUCGUUUACUGACCUUCAAGACCCCUUUUAACAACCCAAAGUGAAUUCCUGCAAUCCCUCAACGACUCCCCCUUCGCCCUCUCCGAACCGCUCGCCCCGACUCCCAACUCGGCGCAGCAGCAAGCGCAGCAACAAUCGCAACAGAUGUCUCAACCGAUACCCCAACUCGAUCUGGAUGGUCUUCCGACGAACACCAAGACGGCUUUGGAAGGCGAACCGAACGCCGCGGGAACGGAACCUCCAUCCAAUAACCGAAGUGCAGGUCCGAGCGUACCCGGUAGUCCUAUCAAUAAGUGGGUCAUUUCUGCGCAGGAAGGCAGCGUUUCAGAUCGCUGAUCAUGUACACUUCCGUGGUGUGAUGCCGCACAGGACCGAACGCUUCCUCCUUACCGCGGCUGAUCAGAAAGACGGCUCGCGGUCGGAUCGGUUGGCGCGAGUUAUACACGCCAAGUUCGAGGCGGGCUUGUUGAGACCUUAUAACCAUGUUGCGGGGUAUACGAGGUUGAUGAGGUGGAUGGCGGAUAAGUGAGUCUGAAUCUGAUGUGUCAGGAAGAGUGGGCUACGUCGUGCUCAUACGCUUUUGUUUUCUCGAUCAGCAUGUCGCAGAGCUCGCGACAGAGGACGUUGCAGACCCUUUCAGAAUUCCGACCGGCGUUCAGGGUGAGACAUCCACUCCCUACGAAGCCCUUUUACUUGUUCAAAGUAAUGACCUUCUCAUUUUGCAUCACAGGCCAUCGCCUCGGGCCUAACGGACCUUGACCUCGUUUUCAUCGAAGAGGCCUUCGAGCGCCUUCUCCUAGACUACGACCGCGUCUUCUCCUCGAUGGGCAUCCCCUCCUGUCUCUGGCGACGAACGGGCGAAAUUUAUAAAGGCAAUAAGGAAUUCGCAGCUUUGGUCGGGGUCCCGAUUGAGCAUCUACAAGGGGGCAAGCUGGCGAUUUAUGAAUUGAUGGCUGAAGAGAGCGCGGUGAAUUAUUGGGAGAAGUAUGGGAAUGUGAGUUGGGCGUUCAGGGGUGGUGAAAUAAGGCUUGGUGGAGUGGGCUUGACUGACGUUUUCCUUUGUGGAUCGCUCCAGAUCGCUUUCGACGCUGGUCAAAAAGCCGUCUUGACCAGUUGCGUCUUGGUCAACCAAUCGAUUCUCAAAAGGAAGAAGAAGAAAGCCGGCGUCGAUAAAGCCAAGUUGAGAAAGGACGCCAUGAUUUCGGUGAGUACCACCCCUUACUGCGUCAAAAAAUCAAAUGGGAGGUAUCUUGUCUUGAGAGGCUGAUGCUUCGAUUUCGAGAUGCCCACAGUGUUGUUUCUCGUUUACGAUACGCAGGGAUAGUUAUGCGAUCCCUUCGGCUAUUGUGGGGAAUUUCCUGUUGCAGUGA